GUUAGCUUUCUAUUGUAGAUUUUAGUAGGCUAUUUAUGUGGGUGUUUGAAGAGUUGUCUAUCUGUUUUAAUUUUAAUUAUUAAGGUACUCUUGAGUUAUAGGCUGUUAUUAUAUUUUGAGGAGGUUAUUCUAUAUUUUUACUUUAGAAGAUGGGAAAGUCUUGUGAGCAGCUACUGCCCCCGUCCGAGGCACUGCCAGGGAUCGGUGAACACUGUGUUGUGUUCCACAAUGGCAAGGGAUUCUAUUACACCUGCAGGGAAUACUCAACUUCAUUUGAAAAGAGGCAGUUUAAGUGCGUGAGGGCGGAGUGUGGGGUGACUGCCACCAUGGGCCCUGAGCUCGGGUCUCCCCUACAAGAUGAUGGAAGUCACACUCACCCUGCCGACUGGGGCUACAGAGACAAGUGUUUGCUGCUACAAACUAUCAAAGAGCGGUUCCUGCGAGACAAUUCUUCAGCUUCACUGAUUUUACAAGAAAUACUGUCAUCGCUGAUUUUUGAAAGUGAAGAGGACAAUGAAGCAUCUUGUAAUUUUGAGUCCAUCACCAUUGAGGAACAAACACCAUUGAAUUUAUUUAAAGUAGAGCCUUGUCUCCUAGAUCCAAUUGAUGAAAACAAUGAAUUGGAAGAAGAGAUGGAUAAACUAUCAACCACUCUACCGCCUACAGCACGGACUUACGGCCGAACUAGGAGUAAGGAGAAAAGGUUGAUAAAACUGUCCCCCACCCAUGAGGAAAAUGAGGAGGAGGAAGAGGAAGUUCAGAGGCCUGAUUUUGUGGCAGUACCAGGGGCAGAUGAACUAUGCAGUAGGCUAGGCACACCGGAGGAUGCAUUAGCUGACAUGGACUACGAAAUUGAAGAAACAAAAUUAAACAGGAAAAGAAAACAGAUGACGUGUGAGAGAGAGGAAUCCCCAUCAAAACAGAUUGGAGUUUUCAAAACAGUGGAUAUGCACUCGAGUGAAGACACAAAGGCGAAACGGGGACGACCAAGUCACUCUCUCAACCCAUUAAGGCUGACUGACAGUCAUUUCCCUGAAUGCAUUCCAGCCACGGAAGGAAAGGAACACCCUACUCGUCGGUGUGUGGUUUGCAGCAGAGUGCGCGACGCAUGCGGCAAGAAGAUCCGCAGGGAAUCCAGAUACCAUUGCCCAGACUGCAACGUCACUUUGUGUGUAGCUCCGUGUUUCCGCGUAUACCAUACCGUUGUUGACAUAUAACUUUUUCAUUGCUACCUGUUGUAGACUAAGUGUUUGACCUUUUAACACAUUACGUGCAUCACAGUUACCGGCGACCGCACGCGCCAUUGUUUGUUUAAGGAUUCAGUGUGGUUCAGUCACUCUCAUAGUCGGUAAAAUAUUUUUACUGCAGUCAAUGUGUUAAUGUUGGUCAAGUGGGCGUGUUAGUCAUUUCAAUAAUCUUCCUUUUUUAAAUACAUAACCAAUUGUUUGUAUAAAUUAUUUAAAAAUCAUGUGUAAUAGUAUAAAUAGAAGUAAACGUUUAGAUAGUAUAAAGAUUAUAUACAAUACAAAACAUAUUAGGAAAAGUUUUUGAGUCUCAUUGGGAAGUAAGUCAUACAGGAUGCCCUCAAGGUUCAAUACCAGGCACUUUAAUUUUUCUUGUGUUUGUGGCUAACUUACCUAAAAGUAUUAAUGCUGAUAACAUAAGAACGAUUCAAUAUGCUGAUGACACAUCAGUGAUUGUCAGGGAGAGGGGUUCUCAAUUGCUGGAUACCAAUAUUACAAACUUUAUCAUAAACCUGAAAACCUGGUUUUCUGGAAAUGCAUUGAAGCUAAAUGAAAAUAAAACGUACAUAAUCAAAUUUGGAAUAUAAACCAUAAAAGUAAAAGCUUGUGAGUUUAAAGUAAUUCUAAAGUAAUUUAUAUUUACACAUGUAUAUAUAUUUAUAAAAUUGAUUGUCGAAAAAAACCUUAUCCCCAUUUUUUGAGCUGAAAUUACUUUUGUAUAUACAUUUACUACCAUUAUAAUCCAUUAAUAUCUCGGGUUAAUCCUUACAGGUGUUUUAAAAAAACCAAAAAAUACAUGUAUUGGAAAAAAAUUAACUAGGCAUAUAAUAAUGUACUUAUUUCAUCAAUAAAAAAACAUGACCAAACCGGAACAUUUUUUGCAAUAUAACGAGACCGUCAAGUGGUUAAAAAUGAAGUUGUAGUUUACAAGGAUUAUUCCAGAGCCUUGAAUAGUUUAUCACAUGAAGAUUAUUGAAUAAAUUGAAACAGGUAUGGAUUAGUAGAAUUUAUUGAAAAUAAAGUCAUUUCAAUUCAAUUCAAAUAAUCUUUAUUCACAUUUGUACAUUGAAAUACAAUAAAUAGUGCCACAAUUCAUCAGACUAUAUCUAAAUAUGUUCCAGAUAUAAUUUUUAUCUAAAACCUUAUAGUUAAAUGUCCAAAUCUAUGCUUUAAUACCUUGUCGAAAACAUUUUAAAAUUUCAAUUAAGUUGCAUGUUGUUUCUUAGGCUAUAAAAUUCGUCAAAUGUAUAAAAAGCAUUUUUAAGCAAGAAAUUCUUUAGCAAUAACCUGAAUUUUUUCUGAUCAUUUAUUUCACCAAUUUCUUUUGGAAUAAGAUUUAAAAACUUUACACCAUUAUAUGUGGUUUUCUUCUUAAACAAUUCUAAAUUAUGAUUAUCCAAAACUAUUUUAUUUUUAUUAUGUGUGUCGUAAUGGUGAAUAUCAUUGUGUGUUAAAAAUUUUCCUAAAUUAAUUUUGACAUAAAUAAUACAUUCUAAAAUAUACAGGCUAUGAACUGUUAAAAUUUUUAAAUCAAUGAAAUGUUGUCGUACCGAGUCAUCAUUAUGUAAAUUUAACAUUGCUCUUACAGCUCUUUUUUGGCAAAUUAAAAUUUUAUGGAGAUUUUGGUUGGAUGUACCUCCAUACACACAUAUUCCGUAAGAUACAUGCGAUUGAACAUGAGCAUGAAAUACACUUUUUAAUACAGUUAGAUUACAUAAGUUAGACAACCUUUUUAGAGCAUAAAUUCCAGAAUUAAUUUUAGUUAAGACAUGGUCAAUAUGCUGAUCCCAACUCAGAUGGCUAUCAAUGUAAAUACCUAGGAAUUUGGUUUUAGGAACUUGGGAUAUGACCUCAGUAUCAAUAUGAAUUUGGACUUGGCUAUCUUUCCUAUUUUGUUUUGUUGUAAACAACAUGUAAUUAGUCUUUUGAGCGUUUAAGAUCAAAUUGUUAUUAAAAAAGAAUUCUUGUAAUUUUGAUAGUUGAAUAAAAGAGUUUAUUUCUAGUUCUGUAUCUGUCUUUGUAGAGAUAAUAAGAUUGGAGUCAUCUGCAGGUAAAUGCAGAGUUGGUUUUUUGUUUGGUUAAUUUGACUAAGACACCUAGGCAUGUAUUUUAUGUAGCAGAUAAAUAACAAUGGGCCUAAAAUUGACCUUUGGGGUACCCCAUACUUAGUUAUUUCUGGUUUUGAUUUAUAUUUCAAAAUUUGGUUGUUGUUUACUUUGGCUAUUUCUACAAAUUGUCUGUUUGUUAAAUAGGAUUCAAACCACUUUAAAUAAUAAUUUUUUAUUCCUAAUUUGUUCAAUUUUUGUAUCAUUUUAAUGUGGGAAAUACUGUCAAAAGCUUUUGACAAGUUCAUGAAGAUUCCAGCUACUUUAUUUUUCCUAUCCAUUGAUUCGAUAAUUGAUUCUAUAAAGCAAAUUAAAGCAGUAAUGGUAGAUUUGUUUUUUCGGAAUCCAUGUUGUUCAAAGUCAAAAAGAUCAUAUUUUUCUAAAUGUGUCACUAGUCUUAAAUACAUUGCUUUUUCAAAAAUUAUAGAAAUUGAUGGUAAAAUGGAUAUCGGCCGAUAAUUUUGAAUUUCAGUUUCCUCACCUUUUUUAAAGAUUGGUAUCACUUUUGAAAUUUUGAGUUGACUAGGAAAAAUCCCUGAGAUGAAAGAGGCAUUUAUUAAAUGUACUAAGGGUUUUAUUAAGGGGUCCUUUGCAAAUUUAAUGAUUUUAAUGGGGACCUCAUCGUACCCUCUAGACCACUUGUUUUUUAGAGAGUUCAAGAUAUCAUUUACCUCUUUUUCAUCUGAUGGGGGACACCUAAAUUCGGGAAUUUUGGUAGGAGUUAUAUCUUCAUCAUGAGUUGGGGGCAUACUACUUAACAGGUUUUCAAUAAUAUUAACAAAAUAAUUAUUAAAACUAUUUGCCACUUGGCUAGGGUCUGAAACAGUCCCCUUAUCAGACUUUAAAACAUAACUUUUCUCUGCUACCUUGGAUGAAGUUUUCUUUGUUUCUUUAUUUAUGAUUUCCCAUGAGGUUUUACCUAUGUUUUCAUAGUUUUUAAUCUUUUCAUCAUAAAAACUUCGCUUUGCAUUCAUUAAGUUACAUUUAUAUUGUUGAUUUUUAUUCUUAAGAUCUCUCUUAAACAACUCUAAGCCUGAGUUUCUAACUAAUUUGUUUAGAUGGAUGAGAUUAUUUUUCUCUUCCUUUAGUUCUUUAUUUAUUUAUAGACGAUUCAAAAAGGGUUAGCCAAUUUUCUUUUUCCAAAAGUGAUUUAAAUAAAUUCAUGUUAUCUAGAGAGAAAUUUCGUGUCCAAAUUUUUAAAUUUUGAUUAUUUGUAUUGUUUUGAAAAUUCAUUAGUUCUAUUAUUUGUCCAUCGUGAUCUGAUAGUGCAGUUACCACUCCUUCAACUUUUAACUGAUCCAUACUUAUAUUAGUUAUUAUAUUAUCAAUACAUGUCUUAGACGUGGCAGCGACUCUAGUUGGGAAGUCAAUUAAAUACUUCAUUCCAUUUCUUAAAAGAAUAUUCUUUAGCUCUUUUGAUUCAUUUGUAUUUUUAAGGAUGUCAAUAUUGAAAUCACCCAUGAUGAUGACAUACUUUCCUUUAGAUAUAAAAAAUUCAAACAAGUUAUUCAGGCGAAUUAAAAACUCUGAAUUUUCGAAUUGUGGGGUUUUGUAUAUUCCUACCAAUAAAAAGCUAAGCUUGUCUGUUUCAAAUCUAGCACUACAGCAUUCAAACAACUUAUCUUGACACAGUACAUCUAUUUUUGUGGAAACCAGUUGUUUCAUCUUUAAAGUCUCUUUGGCCAAGAUAACUACGCCGCCUCCUGUUGUACUGCUGCGUGUAUAAUUUGUAGUUUGGAAAUAAUUUAGAAGAUUAAAUCGUUCCAGCUCAAUGUUAUUCAUAUUAUGUUCGGUUAAAACUAUUAUGUCUGGAUUUAAUUCUGUCAAGAUAACUUCUAAUUGCUCUCUGCGUGACUGUAAAUGUUGAAUAUUUUGAUGGAAAAGUUUUAUAUUUUUGAGUUUAUUAAUUAUUUGGGUUUUGUGCAAUAAAUUUUUUGGAAGUUUAUGAAAGUGUUCAUAUCCAAUUAACAAGCGCGAUAUUUCGAACUUAAAUAUUUAGCAAACAAUUAGGCAACAAAGGCUGUUUUGUUGAGACAAAAAAGAGCCAUAGUAUUCCCCAGGUGUUUAUUAUUGGCCCCUUAAUAUUUAUUUGUUACAUUCAAUUCAAUUAAAAUUAACUUUUACUAUUCAGGAUACACACUUACAGUAUAAAUACAGAAUAGCGUUGCUAUUAUAUUACAAUACGUCUAUUUAAUAAGUAUAUAAAUCAUUAAAUCAAGAAGUUUACCUUAAAAUUAUUUAAAUGGUAACAUUGAUUUUACAGUUAUGCUACUAUUUACAAUAUGUAUGAAAAUCAGUUGGUCUUAAAUGAAGAAAAACAAGUACUUUUAUAUUUGGCACAAAAGAAAAAUCAAAUAAAAAUUUUCCAAAAUGUUUGGGCCUCUUGACCCAACUCUUUGUUGGAAUCAACAUAUUAUUGGCCUCAAAAAGAAACUAUGUCCGAGUAUUUUUGAAAUAUUUAUAGUACAAAAUAAGACAUAAGAUUCAUAGUAGGAACUACUAAACUUGAACAUUGUAGAGAAUUAUUUAGAAACCUCAGAAUUAAUACUUUGUUUUUCCUCUACAGUAUUGAAUGUUUGUUAUAUUUAAAAAAAAGUACUUUGAGAAAGAUCAAUUAAGAAAUGAAAUACAUUCUUAUGAUACUAGGUUUAGUUGUAUUGUUGAUGUACCAUCUAAUAGGUUAAACAAAAGUGUUACAAGUCGUUUGAUCAUGUCCUGCAAGUUAUUCAAUAAAAUUCCUCCAACUGUAAGGCAGUUAAGAUACUUUUAAGUUUAAGAACAAGAUUAGUCAAGUUUUUCUUAAACAAGCAUUUUACUCAAUUAGUGAGUUUGUAUCUGAACAAUUAACUGAAGAAGACUUCUUGUCAUAAAUCCCAAUGUUGCCUAUUAUUGUGACUUGCCUUAUACAUUUGUAAUGAAAUGUCUCUUUGGUGAAUAAAUAUUCUAUUAUA